UAAUAGAUAUAAAGGAAAGGAAGUGCCAGCCUGCAGGUUCAGAGGGACUCUUUUUUUUAAAACUCCCCUGAGUCUACACCUUGAUACAACCCCCUGCUCAAGCAAUCAUGUCGCAGAUGACUUCGUUCACUUCUCGUUCAGCAAGUGGCCCUUCUAAUUUUUCCCAGGUCCGGGUCAGCUCGGCUUCUUCGUCACAUGGAUUUAGAGGAAGCCUUAAGAAGCCUGGUGACUUUAGUAGCACCAGUAUGUUUAAUGUGGGCUCCAGCAACAGGGGGAAUAACCCAUCCUACUUUGUCUCACCUGGAUAUGGUAGUAUUCAUAUUACUCCGAGUCUCUUGUCCCCACUCAACCUGAGUAUUGACCCAGAGAUCCAUGCGAUACGCAAGGAGGAGAAGGAGCAGAUCAAGGUCCUCAACAACAAAUUUGCAACCUUCAUUGACAAGGUCCGAUUCCUUGAGCAACAGAAUAAAAUCUUGGAGACCAAGUGGAACCUCCUGCAGAAGCAAAAGACCGGAACUCGGAGCAAGAUUGCACCCCUCUUUGAGGCGUACAUUAACAACCUGCGGAGACAGCUAGAGGGCUUGCACAAUGACAAAGGACGGCUGGAAGGAGAAAUGAAGAACAUGCAGAAUCUUGUUGAGGAUUUUAAGAACAAGUAUGAAGAUGAAAUCAACAAGCGCACCUCUGCAGAAAAUGAAUUUGUCGUGCUCAAGAAGGAUGUUGAUGCUUCCUACAUGAAUAAGGUGGAGCUGGAAGCCAAAGUGGAUGGACUGACAGAUGAAAUAAAUUUCCUGAGAGCGCUUUAUGAAACAGAACUGAAUGAAAUGCAGACCCAGAUCUCAGAUACAUCUGUUGUCCUUCGAAUGGACAACAAUCGGAACCUGGACUUGGACAGCAUCAUUGCUGAGGUCAAGGCUCAGUAUGAGGAUAUUGCUAAGAAGAGCAGGAAGGAGGCAGAAACCUGGUACCAAAGCAAGUUUGAGGUCUUGCAAGCCACCGCUGGAAAGCAUGGAGAUGACCUGCGGAACACAAAGAAUGAGAUUGCAGAGAUUAAUCGCACAAUACUGAGGAUGCAAGCUGAGAUUGACAAUGUGAAAAACCAGCGUGCCAAACUGGAAGCCGCUGUUGCAGAAGCAGAGGAACGUGGUACACUGGCCGUCAAAGAUGCCAAGGAGAAACUGGAGGAACUGGAGAUGGCCCUCAACAAAGCUAAGCAAGACAUGGCCCACCAGCUGCGCGAAUAUCAAGAGCUGAUGAAUGUCAAGCUCGCUCUGGAUAUUGAGAUUGCUACUUACAGAAAGCUGCUGGAAGGGGAGGAGAGCAGGUUGUCUGAAGACGGAUCUGGUUUUGUAGAUAUGACUAUGCUCAGCUCCAUUGGUGGUGGUAAUAUCUACGGCAGCGGAGGUGGUCUUGGCUUUGGUGGAGGAUUUAAUCUGGGAAGUGGAAUGGGCAGUGGAGUUCUUGGUUUUACUCCUGGAGGCGGCUCGAGCAGCCUGAAAUCGACAUACAGUGUGAAAAGCACAACCAGGAGAAGCGUCAAAAAUUGAAAUAAGCAAAGAAAGGAUCAUCACUGAAUAAAAGAAAUGCCCCUUCCUUUCAUUGCAACAGAGAAGAAAAUAUGGGCUUGGGGAAAGGAGUUGUUUUUCCUCAGCACCCCAAAAUGGCCAUAACAUCCGGCAGUGAUGAAAGAAAUCUAUAAAUUCAUGAGCUCCUCCCUACUUACUUUAAACACCCUUAAUCUCUUCUUGUCCCCAUUCAGACCAAGGAGAACUUCGCUGUCAAUUUCACGGACAGCAGAGUAAACCUUGAUCAGAAAUAUCCAGAAUGUAACCACAUGCUCUGGUUUUGAUGUAAAAAAUGUGCUGCAUUUUCCUACCUUUUUUAUUGGGAGUGGCAAAGGAAUUAAACAAAUCACACAAAUAAAGCUGAGGCUAUCUUACUUUUCUCCUAAA